AGAAUUUGUUUUGUUUUCACGGCGUCUUUACAAACUUUUUAGAAUAUAAUCAGAAUAAAAAAAUAAAUAGCUUGUGUGUUACAGUGCAAAUAGCUUUAAAUGUUUAUAUUUACCAUUAAUUAGCUAAUUAAAGUGUUUUAAAUCGAGCGUCAAAAAUAAAAAUAAACAUCGAAAUGACUUGACUGGAUUAUGUCUGCACGUAAUUAUUCAUGUAGUCGUGAAAGGAACGUAGGAAAAUUGUUAGAUUGUUUGCCGAUUAUAAAUUCUAAUAGGUUCAACUACCGCCCUUCUCAAGAAUUGCCGCCGUUAUCAGCUAGGACCUCGAGUAUUUUGAACAGGAAUUUAAAUUAUUCUUUUGAUUAUAAUGGAUUUGAUAUUGGUGAACGGGCUGGUACACCAUUUUCUGAUUUCUUCACGGAGAGUGAGACAGACACACCAGACAUUCUAAGUGAGGAAAGUGACAGCAGCUCUGGAUCAGCCCUGAGAAGAAAUACUGCUGAAGCCACAAAGACAUUAGCAGAAGAGUGGGAGAGAAUAGAAACAACUUUGUAUGAUGAAGAGGGUCCAAAAUCCAAUAGGCCUGAAGUGAUUGAAGAGUGUAAACAGUGGAGACAACUACAUCCACAUUUUAGGGUCAUAGGCAGAGCUAUAACGUUACCAGAAAAACGACUAUCAUACAGACAGAUUGAACACGAAGAAGUUAUUGCGAUACAUUAUAAUGAUUAUGAACAGUUUAGCGAAAGGGAAGAAAGGUUAUCACAAAGCAGUACAGACGUGACACCACAAAACUCACCACGAGUUUCUGUUGUGGAUAUUAAUGAACCCAGACUGACAAGAGAAAAAUUGUCUUAUAAUCAAUCCAAUAAUGACGACAAUGACAUGCCUGAUGCGUUUAGUUCGCUUCUUCAAAUCACACCAAUACAUAUUAAAAGUCCCAUACACAAGAAACGUACGAACGUGUCAAUUUUACGAUCAGACGCUGCUUCUUCAAAAUGGAUGAGAAAUACCAGGCCUGAUUCUUCAACCAAUGCUGGAAGAAGUAGUGCGAAAUCAUUUGCGUCAUUAGACACAAGGAAUAUAGGUAAUUCGGUACUGAGUGCGUCUGAUCGUAGUAAAUUAUUAAAUGGUAGAAUUGUGACAGGGCGAUAUAGAGAUUCAACGAAAUUAGAGCCAUUAUGUUCCCCUUAUUUACCUCAGAAUGAUGUCAUAAAGCACCAGAACGCAUAUAAUUAUGGUAUAAGAAAGGUGUCACUACCUCCCUUGUUGUUAGAGGAUGAAAAGAAAAAAGCUAAUAUGUCUGGAUCUGGCAAAAGACGUAACAUAAAGAGUAGAAAAAGUAGUAAAUGUGCUCAUCAAUUAGAUAAACUCAAAAACAGUAAUUGAUAUCUCACAUAAUAUUAUUUCAUAUUUCACUGAGUACCUGUACAACUUCACAGCAGAAGUUUUGAAUUGGAUCUAUAAAAGUUAAACUUCAAUUUUGUAAUUUACCAUAGUUAUCUGUGAAUUACCUAUACAUAUUUUUUGUUUAUUAUACAAUGUAUUGACUCUGUUUUGAUGUAUAAUAUGCCUGUCUGCAACCAUUUUGAUGUAAGAUUAUUCAUUCAAUAAUUGAUGUCAACAUAUUAUCAGAAUUUAUCAUUUAAAAUAUAUUAAUAGCAGUACUGUUCUCUUAAUAUACUUAUUGAUGGGUAUAAUUUACUGUUUUUAAAAUAUGUAUAAAGUAGGGACUUUGAAUCGUGAAAGAUUACAGUGAUUAAAACCGAUUUGUGACGAAACUAACAGCGUUGUUGAUCAUCACAGGAUCAAAAAGGCUUUGUUCAGGAUCAAAAACAAGUCAGUCGUUAGCUCUCAUGUAUUAGCAGAAGAGUUUUGUAGUAGAUGUUUGUAUUGGAUCACUACGUCGAUGACCUUGACUUGUGAAUUGUUGUCUAUAGUGAAGUUUCCGCUAUCCUGCAUAUUGUCAGCAAAUAGAACAGCAACUGGAUCAUAUAAUCGUCUGCCCAAUUAAAACAGUAAUAUUGAAAUUACUAAAAUUACGUAGAUCUAAAAAAAAUAUAAAAAAAAUAAUGAAUAAUUAUUCCACUAAAAUACUAUUUAGUUGUGCUGUAUGCGUUCCUACUGUAGCCAUCGUAUUGUGAUGAUAUUUUUUAUAUUUGCGGGACGCAGGUCAAUGCCGAUCAUAGAUAAUAACAUUAAUAUAUACCGAUCAUUGCUGCGAAUCUUAGGACGCUUGUGUCCAGCACUAGAGGUCGACAAGGUGAUGAUGAUUAUUAAAAAAAACUUUUUAAACAUUUCAAAACCCUCGUGUUUAAGCCAAUAUUUAAAUUUUAAAAUAAUUUAAAUGAUAGAAAUCGCAUUGCAUAUUUUUCUUUUAGUCUGUAAUUAUUCGCCAUCUGUCAAUGCGAGGUGGAUGUUUUAAUAUUAUGAAUAUAUUGGUUGGUGAUCUUUAAAAUGUCACGUACAUAGCUUCUAAGUUAAAUGGUGCACUGCUGUGAUUACAUAUUAUAAAAUUUGUGUGUGUUUAUUUAUUGUUAUAGUGUGAUUAUGUGGAUAUGAAUUAUGAAUGUGUAAAAU